ACACCGUAUCUACUUUUCAACACCUCACCUUCACCACCCCGCUUCUGCAUCCGCAUACCACGUCCCACCCUCGUACCGCACCUACCAAAGUAGUCUCAGCAAUCUCCACCGCAUCCCCGUACACGCUCGCAAUUUCUUCAUUUCUACAAUGGCGGACAAAUCAUUCACCUACUCCGAUGUUUCGGAACACAACACCAAGAAGGACCUGUACAUUGUCGUACACGACAAGGUCUACAAUGCUUCGAGCUUUGUAGAUGAGCACCCAGGUGGUGAAGAAGUUUUGCUCGACGUCGGAGGCCAGGACUCUACGGAGGCAUUCGAGGACGUCGGCCACUCCGAUGAGGCUCGCGAGAUUCUCGAGGGUCUGUACGUUGGAAAGCUGGACCGCAAGGAUGGCGACCCAAAGCCCAAGAGCUACCCAGCGCUUGGUGCCACUGCUACUACUAACGACGGUGCCUCAACUGGCGUCGGCCUUUACGCCAUUAUUCUCCUUGGUGGAGCCCUUGCCUUUGCCGCCUACACUUUCAUGAACAAGCAGUCGGCUGAGUAGAAAGUGAUGCUCGGAUAAUAGCCACACAUUAGGCAAAGCAAAUGAAUACGUAAAGGAAAGUAAGGGACCGUGAAGGCGAUUACGUGUCCUUGAGCGGGGUGGAGAGAGAGUGUGCGAAGAGGGCGUUUCGACGUCUGGGUGGGAUUUGUAGUAGAAGUGUAGAGUGCGUGAGGGCAUUUCUUCAACACAUCCAUGUACAUGGUCCGACAGGACUGGACUGGUUUAGGAUAUCUUUUGGGCCUGGGUUGCAGGCUUUUCCGACUUUGGAAUACAUUGAUUAUACUUUUGAACUUGGCAAUGUUGAUUCAUUUCUCAU